UUAAAUUAAGAACUACAUUUUCUUCUGCCAAUCUUUAACGAGCGCUGCGGUGGAGUUGUGGGAAAUGCUGUUACUUAAACUAAACUAUGGGCCCACAGAGGUUAACUGAAACGUUCCUAAAACUACAUUACCCACACAGACUGUAAUUUGGGCCAAAGGGCAGUGUACAUUUGGAUGGCUAGUUAGCUUUUUCUCUGGCUAAUAUGUAAGCUAACGAUGUCAGAAGGGGACAGUGUUGGGGAGUCAAUCCAUGGGAAACCAUCUGUAGUCGGUGCCCUUUUCACGCGGGUUGGACAGGUCUAUCAGUCAUGGCUGGACAAAUCAACGCCAUUCUAUGCAGUGCGAUGGGCAGCCACUCUACUACUAACUGCUGUCUACAUGAUCAGAGUCUACAUACUACAGGGUUGGUAUAUAGUAACAUAUGCUUUGGGAAUCUACCAUCUCAACCUGUUCAUUGCUUUUCUGUCGCCAAAAGUGGAUCCUUCACUGCUUGACGAAGAUGAGGGCCCAUCCCUUCCUACCAAGCAGAACGAGGAGUUCCGCCCUUUCAUCAGGAGAUUGCCUGAAUUCAAAUUCUGGCAUUCGGCGACGAAAGGAAUAGUCAUCGCCAUGAUUUGCACAUUUUUUGAUGCCUUCAAUGUUCCAGUGUUCUGGCCUAUACUUGUAAUGUACUUCAUCAUGCUGUUCUGCAUUACAAUGAAGAGACAAAUCAAGCAUAUGGUCAAGUACAGAUAUCUACCCUUCACACAUGGGAAGAAGACAUACAAAGGCAAGGACGACACAGGGAAAGCCUUUGCCAGUUAAAAGCUACCACUUACACUUCUUUUUCUUCUCAUUUGAAAGUUAUCGGUCACGCUCUGGGAUUGGCAAGGAUUUUUUUUUUGAGUGGGACAAUAACAUGAAAAAGCUUUGAUCCAUAGUUCAGUGUUGUGUGAGGACGAGCAGAAUGGAUCAAAUUAAUUCGUGAAUGUUGCCUUUGUCCAUUAAGGUGGUUUUUUUGUUGUUUUUUACCCUGAUUUUAGGACUGGUUUGCAUUUGUUCAGUAGUAGGUGACUCGGUGCUGCCUUUUGCAUUUUAAACCGAUAAGUAAGGUUAAAAUCAUCAAGAAGGAACCACGGUGAAAGUAUCUGCAGUAACUUUUAUUUAUUUUUCUUUAGUUUGUGUUUUUUUCCCCCAAUGAUGUUGAUUUGAUUACUUCUCAUUCUGACUGAAAUAAAUAUGCCAACUUUUCAUUAAUCCUGUUCAUUUGUAACAAGUUAUAUAUCCAAGUCAGUAGUACUUUAGCAAAUGACAUGAUUAGGGGUGUAAAAUGAAGUCUAAAGAAAAUGCUAUGAUCUUUUCUACAGUUUAAUUUCUGUGAAACACUUUUCACUAGAUUGUGCAUUCAUUGUAAAAACACUCAACUAAAAUAAGUUGAUAUUGAAUGAUAGUAAUAAAAUUCACUGGAUUACCCAAACAACAGUGGCAUGGCCGUCAUAGCAGGUAUCAUGAUUGUCUUUGGCUACAUUUGAACUGACACCUCUGCCACUCAUCAUAUCAUUGAAUGCUUACUUUAGGGCAGAUAUUGUAAUUGGCCAAGCUUAAAUAAUUUUUUCAGGAUUUAACAGUUGGGAUACUGUGUUGUCAAGUACCCCUCUAAAAUAUAUCUAUAAUUCGGCUCCUUGAGCUUGAAAUGGCAAGAUGGUGACUUUGCUUUGCCGCAGUACCAAUAUAGUGCAGGAUCAGUAUUCAAGUCCAGUUCAUAAUAAGGUCUAACCUGACUUAUUACCCCAACACCAUUUUGUCAUCUUUUUUAAAGCCUGGGGUCCAUUUAACUAAUGUAAAAUAACAGUUGUAGUCUUUUGUAAUCUGUUUAUGUUGAAAAAAGGUAAAUGUGUAUUGUUCAUUCCAACCAAACAUUUUUUUUAAUUUGCUUAUACACAAGAAAUCUGAGAUUGAGAGGUUUUCUAGCAAAUGAAGUAGUUGGCAAUCAUUUUGCCAUAAACAUGUUAAUUUUGUUUUUUCCAUUUUCUUAUGUUGGGGAAUAACUGUCAUUACUAAAAUUUGAUCAGCACUGUAGUGUGGAUCAAAACAUUUUCCUGUAAAAAGUCUGGUUGUCUGGAGAAUUUGUAUAUAUACAGUAUAUAUUUUAAAUGAUUUUUAGAUUAUUUUUCUUUUGUUUUUUGUCUUUCAGCCACCAACCGUUCUCAAAUGUUUAAAUCCAUUUAUGUUAAAAUUGAUAAAAGCAGAACUGGUUAAUUGGGUCUUGGAUUUGA